AUGCUCAGCGGCUUUGAGUCGACUUCUUUCUACGGCUGGUUUGGGUUGUUGCUGGCCGUGCAGCGGCAACCAGUGGUGGUGCACAUAGAGGCUACCGCCGAUACGUUCAAGAGCUAUGAUGGGGACCCAGCGUGCUUCACGUACAACCUGAACCACGUGGUGCUGCUGGUGGGGUACCGCCUGGUGGGCAAGGACUCGCGCGUCCCCCACAUGGCGCCGCCCUUCUGGAUCAUCCGCAACUCAUGGGGGCCUGACUGGGGAGAUGGGGGCCACAUGCGCAUGGACAUCCAGGUGGGGGAUGGUGUGUGUGGCAUCAACUCGCUGCCAGGCCUCUACCCUGUGGUCAGAGUGUCUUCUGACCCCUGCUACAAAGCCGCACGCACAGAUACCUUUGGGUCCCUCUUCAAUCCCUGCGGCAAGUUCACCUGCAUUCCAAAGGGCAAGACAAAUGUGUGUGUCUGCAACGACCCACGCUUCAUCCAAGCAACCAAUGCUGAUGGCUCUCGCACAUGCGCAUACAAGGAUGCAUGCAAGGCAGCAAAGCGCAACCCGUGUGCGGUGGGCACGUGUGUGAAUGACGGGGUGGGGUCGUACUCGUGUGUGUGUCCUCCGGGCUUCAGGCAGGGCACCACCGUCGAUGGCACCUUCUCCUGUGCUCCAGUGUCCAGCCUUUCAGCCUCUUCCCUUCUCCCCCUCUCAUUGACGCUCAUUGGCGGCGACACUCGCUCACAGUACACAGUCCUGGCGCCCAACAUCUUCUGCUCAGACGUCUAUCCGCCCUUUGGACUCUCGCUCGAGAAAUUCGGUCUGCUGAAUCCGGCAGUGGAUUGCAACUCGGACCUGCGCAUAGGCACAGUGCUCUCUGUCGUUCCAAAUUCCCAGCUUGUCCCCUGCUCCGUCUUCUACACCACUGCAGAGAGCCUCAACCCCGGGCUCUCCUGCUCGCUCAACAGCGGGCAGCUGCAGCCCAGCCAGGCGGUGUGUGUGGAGCGACGUGCCGCAUCAGCAGCAGAGCAGGUCAUCCCGGUGUGCUCGCAGUACUACCUGGUGCAGAGCGGUGAGACGUGCGACUCCAUCCGCAACGUGCCCACCCCGGCACUCUCCUGGCUUGACUUCUUCCGUUUCAACCCCGGCAUCAAGUGCAACCGCCUUGUGCCAGUCACUAACCUGGACUUGCACACGGGGUUUGAGGUACGCGCCGUUGGAGUUUGUCAAAGGAGCAAGGCGUACGUGGCAGGUGCGGACGACCGCUGCAGCUCCAUCCAGAUCAGGUUCUUCAAGAGCAAUCGAGGAUGCUACAAGCGCAUCAACGGAUACGAAUGCCUCGAUAAAAUAUCCUCAGGGAGUAGAAUCUGCCUGCCGGACCAGACCAGGAUUCGCCAAGGAGUUUGCACAGUUUAA